UGAUAAUAUUGUGUGGCAGAGCAUCCAUGUGAUGUAAACACACCAUGACAACUCGGAACUGAACGCAGAAAAUAUUGGCAAAUGAAGAACAGUGAGCCCGUUUUGAGCUUGCGGAUAUGGAAGAAUAUUGCAACAAAUCAAAAAGGUCAGCUGCGUGGAGGCAUUUUAAGUUAAUUCCAGGGAAAAACGCAGUCCUUUGUCUCUAUUGCAAGAGGAAUCUCAAAUUAUCAGCCUCGAGAAGUACAACUCCACUGCAUGUCCAUCUAAGAAAUCGACAUCCAUUUGUGUUGCCUUUGGCCCGGUCCGGUGAACCUCAUAAUCCACAGGUUGUCUCAGAGUCAGAACAGAAGGUGUUGGAAUCUGAACAAGCAUUAACUGACCCUGCUGACUCCAACCAGCUUCUAAAGUUGCAAGUGGAGAAGCUUCAAAAGAUUCUGGAGGAGAAAGCUAAAGAGGUCACAGAGACAUAUAAGUCUUUCCAGCAGACAAUUCAAGCUCUUAAGGAGAAUGUGAAGUCCAUGAAAGAACGGCUCAUUAGCCAGACGGGAAAGCAUCAGGGUGCAAGACCAGGGAGACUUUGUGAUACAGUGCCAGCUGCAGUAUCUUCCCAGCACAAUCGGCCACAUUCAUCUGACCAUGAGGCGUGUGAGGACCGGCCCCUGCUUACCCUUUCCUGCACCUCUGAGCCCAAUUCUCCUGGUUUUGAUGAAACAGAAGGGUCACCACAAAGGUCAUCCAAGGACCAGGAAGUCACUAUUUUCAGCCUGCUGACUCCUACAGCUGUUGUCAACAGUGACAACAUUUUGCUAGAAAAGAGGCAUGGUCAUCAAGACAAUGAGGAAGACGAAGACUGUAAUGAGGAAGAUGAAGACUGUAAUCAUAACAAAGAUGAGGUCUCGGAUUAUUAUGCUGAUAUAGACCCGGAUUACAGACCAGAAGAUGAGGACAACGGUGAUGAUGACCCUGGAGAAGAAGAUUUUGGCGAGUCAAAUUACGAGGAGGAGGAUAAAAACAAAAGGGAUACCGGUGGUGGUGGUGAUAACCAUGACAAUCGGAAAGGCCUCGAUUUCCACCUUGAAGAUGAUGGCAACAGCAACGACAACCCUGAUGAUCAGGCCUGGCUGUCUUCCUCAAAGGACGACAACAGCAUCUCACCCACAGACGACUUGGAAAACAAGACUGGGAAAGUUUAUUCUUGCACCCUGUGCAAUGAAACAUUUAUGAAAGUGUACUACAUGAAAUUGCAUAGGUUAAUCCAUGAUAAAGGUGCCAGCCUCAAUCAAUGUCUCUCUGAACCCAUGAAGUACGUGAGAGUAGUCAAGCCUUACAAGUGUGAAGUGUGUGGAAAGGAAUGUCGUACCUCAGAGGAUCUCCACAUUCACCAAAGACUACACGAUGAAGAAAAUGGCCGUUGUGAGCUCGAUGCAAGAGGACAGAAAUUAUACAAGUGUAGCAAGUGUGACAAGUCUUUCAACCACUCGACUGAUUUCUGCCUCCACCAGGGAGUGCACCUGGGUGAAAGGCCGUACGUUUGCUCUUGGUGCGACAAGACCUUCAUAUAUCCCACCGAUCUCAGCCUCCACCAAAAAUGUCACUGCGAGAAAAUGCCGAGAGAGGCAAUCUCACGCAGUGAACCGAGACCGUAUCUGUGUGACACCUGUGGUAAGGCGUUCCCAGAUAUGAGUAGAUUGAAAAGGCACGUUACCUUGCACACAGGAGAAAAGCCGUACAAAUGCUUGGUUUGCGACAAACGGUUUCGCAUAAGUUCUUCCUUAAAGGAACAUAGCCUCAGGCACUCUGAAAAUCUUCCUUUUAUAUGUCAUAUAUGUGGCAAGGGAUUCACAAAAUUACAAUUAGUCCAAAAACACAUGAGGGUCCACACCAAGGAAAAACCCUACCACUGCUCUUUUUGUGGGAAGGAUUUCGGUUACCAGGAAUCACUGUACGUUCACCACAAACGAUUUCACUCUGUCUCAGGGCAAUAAGAUCACACCUGCCAUGCAGAGAAAUUGAAAACCUCAGGGGACUUGAUCACACAAGAUCACUGACUACAUAGUGUCUCCGAUAACUGCCUCUCAAUAAAACAUUGAGUUGAACAAGUUUCAAAGCCCUCAGUCUUCCAAGGAUGUUUAUACUUUUGUAAAGUCAUACUCUCUCAAGAAAGGUGGAUGAAAACAAAUAAUUUUCGUGUAAAACAUAGUUGUUGUUGUUUUUUUUUACUUUUUCUGAAAAAG